GCCUGUGCUUGCCCCAGGCCCAGCCUCUCCACUCCCACCCCCACCCCCACCCGCACCCCAGAGAAAAGUAGUCAGCUUUGCCAAGCAGCCCAGGCAACUACUCACAGCUAUGGAUCCAAAUCAGAGCAACCUCUCAGAACCCCAAGCCUCCCCGGAGAUCCCCGAGCCUAGCCUGAACCUCGGCUCAAUCCUGGCAAACAGCACCCUCCCUCAGGAACCCCCCAGUAUGGUGGGCGACAGACUGCCCCCAAAGACCGGGGCGGUGGUCAUCGACAUGGGUACAGGUACGUGUAAGGUGGGCUUCGCCGGGCAGGCCCGGCCCACCUACACCGUGGCCACCAUCGUCGGCUGCCAGCCCCAGAAACCAGCCACCUCAGGGCAGCCGGUGAUGGAAACCUUCAUCGGGGAAGCAGCCCGCAAACGCCCGGAGCUGACGCUGGUGCGACCCGUGCACAGCGGCAUCGUGGUGGACUGGGAUGCGGCCGAGCUCAUCUGGCGCCACAUGCUGGAGCAUGACCUCCGCGUGGCCACCCGCGACCACCCGCUGCUGUUCUCCGACCCGCCCUUCAGCCCCUCCACCAACCGCGAGAAGCUGGUGGAGGUGGCUUUCGAGUCGCUGAGCUCCCCGGCCAUGUACGUGGCUUCUCAAUCAGUGCUGUCGGUCUACGCACACGGGCGGGUCAGCGGGUUGGUGGUGGACACGGGCCACGGAGUCACCUACACCGUGCCCGUCUUCCAAGGCUACAACCUGCCCCACGCCACAGAGCGCCUGGAUCUGGCGGGCACCCACCUGACCGCCUUCCUGGCGGAGAUGCUGCUCGGCUCCGGGCUACCCCUGGGGCAGCAGGACCUGGACACAGUGGAGAACAUCAAGCACAGAUAUUGCUACGUGGCCCCGGACUUCCUGAAGGAACAGGCCCGGCCAGAGCUGGAAUGCCGCCAGACCCUGAAGCUGCCAGACGGACGGACGGUCACGCUGGGCAAAGAGCUGUUCCAGUGCCCCGAGUUGCUGUUCAGUCCUCCAGAGAUCCCAGGGCUGUCCCCCGUGGGCGUCCCCACCAUGGCCCAACAGAGCCUCUCCAAGGUGGCCGCGGAGCUGCGGACCGACUUGGCCCAGAACGUGCUCCUGUGCGGGGGCUCUUCGCUGUUCACAGGGUUCAAGGCGCGCUUCCAAACGGAACUGCUCCGCAACCUGCCACCAGAGGCACACGUGGUGGUGAUGGCCCAGCCAAGCAGAAAUUUCUCUGUGUGGAUCGGGGGCUCCAUCCUGGCCUCGCUGCGCACCUUCCAGUCCUGCUGGGUCCUGCGGGAGCAAUACGAGGAACAGGGGCCCUACAUCGUGUACCGCAAAUGCUACUGACUGGGGGCGGGGGUGGGUGUGGGCGAGGUGGGGUGGCGGGGAGGCAGUCCUGAGCAGUAAAGUUUCUGCUACCCAA